AUGGCUCCAAAUCUAGAUGAAAAGCCUAGUUCUGCAACCGAAGUUGGGCACUUUACACAAAAUAUGUGUCAAGAAAGAAGGAAACUGUACAUUUUCGGGUAUGGCUCUCUUAUCUGGUGGCCAAAUAUAUCAUACACAAGAAGUUGGUUUGGUUACAUAAAAGGCUAUAAAAGACGCUUCUACCAGGGAACAACAACACACCGUGGCACACAACAAAAUCCUGGUAGGGUGUUGACCCUCCUACCCUCAAAGAACGAGGAAGCAAGGGUUUGGGGCAAGGCUUACGAGGUGGAUGGAGCUAUACAGAUCAACUCUGCGAUCGACAGUUUGGCCGAGCGUGAAAUGAUCUUGGGCGGUUACAGCUUAAAAGAAGUGCCAUUUUUUCCUCAUAGAGUUGUUUAUGAAAACGCUAAAGACCAGCAAGAUUAUCAAGCUUCUGGGUUUAUGAGGGUAUUUGUCUACAUUGCAAAACCCGGCAAUGAUCAAUACCUUGGAAAGGCUCCUCUUGAAGUACAGGUUAGUCGGGUGGAUGGUGAGGUCAAAUGGAACUCGCGUUUGCAUUGCUGA